GCCAGAGCCAUUGUGUUAAUUGCCUGGAGGUGGAUUUUUGUCCUAGACCUUUAAUUACUGAUACAGGGGUACAUCAUUUUCAGUUGAGCCCAUUACACUGAUUCUUUAUUUCUCAGCCUGCUGCCUGACUUCUAAUAUCCUUAUACUUUACAAUGAGGGUAAUAUGGGACAUGCUUCCCAUGGAGAAGCCGACUCCAAGUGUCCCCUAAUGGUAAAAGUAUUGGAUGCAGUGAGAGGAAUCCCCGCUGCCAAUCUGCUAGUGAACGUUUUCAGGCAGACUGAAAGUGGAAAGUGGGAGCAGAUCACUAGUGGAAAAACCACCGAGCUUGGAGAAAUCCAUAAUCUCACUACAGAUGAGCAAUUCACAGAAGGAGUCUACAAAAUUGAAUUUGCAACAAAGGCUUUCUGGGGAAAACUUGGCCUCUCUCCCUUCCAUGAAUACGUUGAUGUGGUGUUCACAGCUAAUGAUGCCGGACAUCGUCACUACACUAUUGCUGUUCUGCUCACCCCCUACUCCUUCUCAUCCACUGCUAUUGUCAGUGAACCACACGAUGAUCUGUAAUGAAAUUAAAUUUCUCUUUUACCGACUCUUUUGACUGAUUAUGUGCGCAUAAUACACAGUGUUUUUUAACUAACAUUAUUGUUUUUUAAUCUUUUGAAACUUCCUCCAGUCUAUUUCUAGGUUAUGUUAACCACUGCCAAAUAAACCUCUUCUGAAACAAA